AUGGCCCUCGUAGAGAGCUGUUUGGAUACCGCAGACUCCCAAAUUCAAGACAAGAGGCCAGUGAGAAUGAAUAGAUGUGACCCAAUGCACACAAUUGGUGCAGUGGAUCCAUACCAUGGGCUGAAUGCACUGGUCACAAAAGACGGCAGCUGUUAACAUAUGGUUAAUAAAACUUUGACAAAGAGAUGUGUGAUCUGGCAAUAACAAAGAAUGCACCCCUAAUGAUGUAUUUCUGUCUGCAAUUCUAUCUUCUGCACAGCUGGAUGGCGUUACCUGCUGCCUUUCUGUCUGAAGACCAGUUCACCUGCUCGAUCUGUCUGGAGGUGUUCAACAACCCGGUCUCUACACCAUGUGGCCACAGUUUCUGCCAGGUCUGCAUCUCUUCCUACUGGGAUGGGGGAAGAAGAGGAGGUGGGGGAAGUGGGGGAACAAAAGUCUACCAGUGCCCCCUCUGCAAGGAGUCCUACCGUAAACGUCCAGAGCUCCACAUCAACCGAACCCUGAAAGAAAUCACCGAACAGUUCAAGUGGUUGGCCAGUGCCGGGAUUUUAAUGGAUGGAACUGAUGGAGGAGGUGGAGAAGGAGGAGGGGUGGAGGAUCCUAACUUAAAUCCUCAACAACAACAAGCUCUGUCUGCAUCCCAAGGGCCAAGGGAGAUGCCUGAGAGUGUCUUUACUGAAAUGAUGUCUCGUUUCCAGCAGAUGCCACCACCAGGGGUGGUAUCCCAAACCACCAACCCCCAUCUCAGCAACCCCCAAAGCCCCAGUCCACCAAUUGUUCACUCACCUUUACAGGCCCAUAUCACAGCGCACCAUGACCCCCCUCCACCCUACUCACCCCCUCGCAGGUACCAAGCUACAAUUUUGCAGACUAAGGCAAACCAGUUUUUCAUUUGGUGAAUGAAAUACAGUUAAUGUGAAUACAUUUGCACAGGGCUGGAGAUCCUCUUGAUGUCCUGAUGUUGCUUUAGACAUGGUCAACCCCUAACCAAUAUAUAUAUAAAUAUAUAUAUAUAUAUAUAUAUAUAUAUAUACAUAGUGGAUCUCUGCAUAUAUCAAGACUUUCUAUAAGAAGGUACUAUCUUUGGUACAACUCCACAGACAAUGUCCUUCUUUUCCUUGAAUGCUGUCACAGGUACACUGUGAGCUGUCCUGGUGACUGUUCCCCCAAUCUGCCCCUGUGUCCCAUCCACCGGAGAGGCCUGGAGUAUUUCUGUCGCACUGAUAAUAUCUGCAUCUGCAGCAUGUGUGUGGAGACUCAAGACCACAGAGGACACAGUGUCACCCCAGCAAAGAGAGAGUGGCACAUCAAGAAGGUAACACUGUGUGUUUGUUUAGUGGUGUUGUCUCUGCAGCAGAAUUAGAGACUUUAAGGGAUAUUCCAGUGUAAAUUAUAGUUUUGGUCAAACACACAGUUGCACCGAGUUAGACACCUCCUUGAGAGAUGAAUGUUACCAACUGCUUGCUUCUCUAGUUAUCCCAACUUUAGUAAUAAGCACGUGAUAGCAAAACAUAGCGGUCUACGUCUCCACGUGCACACCCCAACCAAAAAGCCACUCUAUAGCCACAAAUAAUGCUCAGAACAGCACCUAACUUCAUCAACAGUACAUAUACAGGUGCUGGCCAGUAAAUUAGAAUACCAUCAAAAACUUGAUUUAUCUCAGUAAUUCCAUUCAAAAAGUGAAACUUGUACAUUAUAUUCAUGCAAUGCACACAGACCGAUGUAUUUCCAAUGUUUAUUUCUUUUAAUUUUGAUAUUUAUAAGUGACAACUAAUGAAAACUCCAAAUUGGGUAUCUCAAAAAAUUAGAAUAUUGAAAAGGCCAAUGAAAAAAAAUGUUUUUUUUUAAAUGUUGGCCAACUGAAAAGAAUGAACAUGAAAAGAAUGCCCAUGUAUAGCACUCAAUACUUAGUCGGGGCUCCUUUUGCCUCAAUCACUGCAUUAAUGCGGCGUGGCAUGGACUCGAUUAGUCUGUGGCACUGCUCAGGUGUUAUGAGAGCCCAGGUCGCUCUGAUAGUCGUCUUCAGCUCCUCUGCAUUGUUGGGUCUAGCGUAUUGCAUCUUCCGCUUCACAAUACCCCAUAGAUUUUCUAUGGGGUUAAGGUCAGGCGAGUUUGCUGGCCAAUCAAGGACAGGGAUACCAUGGUCCUUGAACCAGGUACUGGUGGUUUUGGCACUGUGUGCAGGUGCCAAGUCCUGUUGAAAAGUGAAAUCUGCAUCUCCAUAAAGUUGGUCAGCAGCAGGAAGCAUGAAGUGCUCUAAAACUUCCUGGUAGACGGCUGCAUUGACCUUGGACCUCAGGAAACAGAGUGGGCCAACACCGGCAGAUGACAUGGCACCCCACACCAUCACUGACGGUGGAAACUUUACACUGGACCUCAUGCAACGUGGAUUCUGUGCUUCUCCGCUCUUCCUCCAGACUCUGGGUCCUUGAUUUCCAAAGGAAAUGCAAAAUUUGCUUUCAUCAGAAAACAUAACUUUGGACCACUCGGCAGCAGUCCAGUCCUUUUUGUCCUUGGCCCAGGCGAGACGCUUCUUACGCUGUUUCUUGUUCAAGAGUGGCUUGACACACGGAAUGCGACAGCUGAAUCCCAUGUCUUUCAUGCGUCUCUUCGUGGUGGUUCUUGAAGCGCUGACUCCAGCUGCAGUCCACUCUUUGUGGAUCUCCCCCACAUUUUUGAAUGGGUUUGCCGUCACAAUUCUCUGCAGGGUGCGGUUAUCCCUAGAGCUUGUACACCUUUUUCUACCACAUUUUUUCCGUCCCUUCGCCUGUCUGUUAAUGUGCUUGGACACAGAGCUCUGCGAACAGCCAGCUUCUGUAGCAAUCACCUUUUGUGUCUUGCCCUCCUUGUACAAGGUGUCAAUGGUCGUCUUUUGGACAACUGUUAAGUCAGAAGUCUUCCCCAUGAUUGUGGAGCCUUCAGAACAAGACUGAGGGACCUUUUAAAGGCCUUUGCAGGUGUUUUGAGUUAAUCAGCUAAUUAGUGUGGCACCAGGUGUCUUCUAUAUUGAGCCUUUUCAGAAUAUUCUAAUUUUCUGAGAUACUGAAUUUGGUGUUUUCAUUAGCUGUCAGUUGUAAUAAUAAAAAUGAAAAUUAAUAAACACAUGAAAUAUAUCACUAUGUGUGGAAGGAAAGUAUACAGUAUACAAGUUUCACGUUUUGAAUGGAAUUACUGAAAUAAUUCAACUUUUUGAUGAUAUUCUAAUUUACUGGCCAGCACCUGUAGGUUCCCAGUCAUAGCACUAGCCAUCAAAUAUCUUUUUAGCAGCCUGGUGUCUUCAGCAAAGAGACCAAACACAACUCACCCAUUUUCUUCCAGCCAUCUCACAACAAGAUGCUUAACAAUAUUACCCCAACAGCUGGGUCAGACACCAUCAGACAGUCCCACAAAAACUUAAGGAAGAAAGGACCAACAAAGCUUUUACAUUUUCAGCACUCAUUGCUCUUAAUUAAACCAAACUUUUCAAGCCUGAUUGGAAUCCAGUAGUAACUGGAUAGCAAGUACUACACUCAGAGGCUGAGUGUUACCAGGUGACUUCCUGUGAAUUAACCCUUGACCUCAGUGUUUGGUGAGGCACAUUCACAUUGGGAAAAUGAAGUCUGUGAUUUACUGACAGACACUUCUCUGAGUUGCUGCACAACAUCUGGGGGCAGCUUAAAUCUCUACAGCCUGCUAAAACUUCCAGAAAAAAGGGCAGAAAAAGCUACAGAGAUCUUCCCAGAAAUCAACCUUAAAUUACUGAGACACAGAUUCACACUGGAUUAUUGAUCGAGGACCUCUGUGAUAGGAAAGCUUAUCUGGCCUGAAGACUUUUCCUUCUCAAAUUACCAACUCACUCAUGUUUAAAAAAAAAACACAAUAUACUCCACAAUUAUUACAUAUUAUCAAAAGUCUACUGACCAAGUUUUUACAGGUGAUGUGCAGGUUGUAGUGGCAUUGACUGAAUCACUGAACCACUUUAAAUUAUCUUUUUUUUCCUGUUCUAGUCCCAGUUAGGUAUAUCAGAGGUGGAGCUGAAGGACCUCAUCUGUGAGAGGGAGAGAAAGGUGGAGGAAAUACAGAACUCUCUAAGAGAAAUACAGGUGAGUCUUUUGUCCAAACCAAGCUGACCUCCUGUUUGAAUUGAGUUUUGAGUUCUUAAAGUCUGAUGCCCACCUCGUCUCAGAGACCAUCAGUUAUUUAACAAGGCUCAAUGCUUCUAAGGAGCCAAGACUCCCACAUCCAAUUGUGACCUUUUUUUACAGGCCAUGCAGUGAUUUGGUAAAGAAGUGAGGUUGUGUUGAGAAACAAGCCAAUCCUGAUGACUACUUUGUGAAAUGUUGAUUGCUAGUUAUUCUGCCAACGGGACCAAACUUGACUAGAGCCCUGGACCUCAUUAUCAGAUUUAUCUGAAAACUUGCUUUGACCUGCGAGGUUCAGACUAGGGUGUCCUGGGGUGUAAAUCCUCCACAUUAUAUGGCAGAUGCAUUAGCAUAUGUGCAGCCCUGACAUCUUCAAAAGGGGUGAGUUGUCAAUAAGAGGGUAUUUUACCAUUACUGCUAGUGGGAUUUUGAUCAGUUUGCUCCUAAAAUGUUAUGCUGCACAUAACAACAGUCCUUACAGAUUCUGCAUUCUGAUGAAGAAUCUGCAAAUUCAGACUUAUGCUCACCAAACGGUCGUUCCUGGAAAUGGAAAAAGAGAGCUCAGACUUGCAUGUUAUGUACAGUUAUGACAUUUGUUACGCAUUGUUAUCAGGCAAGCAGAAGUAAAAUGUGAAAAAACUCCUCCCUUGUUUUGAUGAGGAAUGUGCAAUCAGGCAGUCUCUGGUGUUGCUUUUAGAAUUGAAAAUCAAUCACUGUUGUUGUGGGGUAUUGAUCAUGGUGAAACAUGUAACACUGCUGAGAAAUAAGUGGAAACAAGAACAGCAGAUAUCCAAAUUGACCAGAAAGCCUGAGGUUAGUAUUUCCUUUGCUACAAAACCAGCAAAACUUAAAGGGUGCUUUUAACCCAUCUGCUCUGCUGUGACAGUGGGUUUAAGUCAUCCAAAAUAUAGAGAUGUAGCUGCAUAUAUAUAUAAAUUUAUUCAAUCUCUUUGUCAGGCUGCUGGGCCUUCUUCAUUGGUAGAGGCUCUCAAAAUGGCAUCAUACCAUGCCCAUUUGUUUUCAUUUAGGCUUCUGCUGAGAGAGAGACUGAUGGAGUUGUUUCUGCGUUUUCCAAGCUGAUCUCCAGCAUGGAGCGCUGCCAAGCUGAAGUCUUAGAGGUAAAUAACAGAGGCCUCCUUUUCGAAUUCAAAGUAAUGUCUCCUUAUUAAAGUGUUAACAAGGCUAAGUCUUUCCUGUGCCAUCCAGGUAAUCGAGAUGAGUCGGCGGGUGGCUGAGCACAGAGCUCAGACUGUGCUGAGAGAGCUGGAGGAGGAGAUAUCUGAGCUGAAGAAGAGGAGUUCAACAUUGAACCAGCUGGUUUUGUCUGAAGACUAUGUACACUUCCUCAAGGUAUGGAUGCUUGGAUGAUUAAAGGAUAGCUUAGCUAUUUUGUAGUAGAGUCACAAGAGAUACUUGUCCCUAAUAAGUCUUCAAGGGGAUCCAAAUCCACUUGACCCCUUUGUUGAAAAACUGGUAUGAUAACCAGCAGGGAAGCUAGGCUAUCAACAGCUACAGACAGGUUAAUUUCAUCACAUAAUAUAACUCAUUUUAAUGAUGGGACUUCCAUCAGGUCUGUGUUUGGUCUGACUCUGCCAUUAUCUGGUCCAAUUCUGUGCUCCAUUUCCAUUCAACAACACCUAGCUUUGUUUUCAGAGCCUAGUAUGGAGCAGCACCACCAAACAGGUAGACUCACAGGACUAAGGGCUCUAUUUUGGUGCCUCGCCGGAGAUCUGCCGCAAGCGCAGCGUCAAUUAGAUCCGCCGCGCUGACAAGGCGUUCCCAAGCACAUUUUGGUAUUUUGGUGAGCCGCGCAGCCCGGCGUAAGUAUCCCCCCUCCCUAACUCAGCUCCUCCCAGCAGCAUAAGUCGUAGACGGGGAGGAGAGAGGGCGUGUUGUAUAUUUAACACAGCCGAGACCUGUUUUCACCAAUCACAUAGGCUCCUCUCCUUGCCUUUAAAUCCGCCACCGGCGAGGCGUAUUACUAUUUUCAUGAAGUAGUCAAAGAGAUCAAGAGAUGUCUGAAGACAGUUAUGCCACACGAUGGCGACAGAGGGCAGCUGCUCAACAAGUGUCCUCCACACUCUCUCAUCUGAGCAUAGAUGGAUUUGGUGUGUGUAAUGUUGGACCCACUGGUAAGACAAACACCCUUUUCCACAAAUAAAGACACUCACAUAAAGUUGCAUAUAUUCAAACCUCACGUGACAAAGGUGGGUUUAGCGCACAGAUCACAACAUAAACUCCAAAAAUGGCAUUAAAAUCGGAACCAUCUGUGCGUAAAUGACGCAUCGCACUCCGUGGCCUGUCUCUUUCUUUCAUAGAUGUUGGCAUAUAAAAUAAAUUUGGCCCACAAAACUGAAUAUUAUAAUAUCCGUAUGUCGGCUUAAAGUAGAUCACGCAUCUGAGCACUGAAACUAAUCAUCUGUUCAGCCGCAGCAGCAGCAAGACGGACAGAGGACACGGAGACGUGUCCAGGUCGAGCUGUGCGAGAAAUAAGAGGAAGAAAGAAAAGGAGGGAGACACAUUACAUAUCUUGUUAACUUCAUCAUGUGUGUUUAUUUACUAGAUAUUUAAUUUAAUUUGAUGCAGUUUCAGCUGUAUUGAUUCGGUCAGGUUGUGUGCCCAAACGCGUGCCAAACGCGCUCAUCAGAUCAGAUAUAGAUCAGAAUAUAUCGAUAUAGAUCUAAAUGUAUAUGCUGACUCAGAUUAAUAGUUGUUGAUGAUUAUUUGUUGCACUGAAAUCUGCCUGACACUGUGGAAACCUGCCGGUGAGGCAUCGGUGACGUAUGUCGAUACGCCGCCGGUCUACCAAAAUACUACUAGACCAGCUGCGUUCCGCCUUGCGCUGAAAGCUGACCAGGUUUGAAUCGGCGAGCUUUCAGCGCACGUUACACGCCGGUGGCGAGCACGAAAAUGUCACUGCGCCAGCUGAUUCUGUCAGCACCUCCCCCUGCCACGUCACCACGCCCAGCUUGGCGGAUCUCAGCUCACCUCCGUGCGACUCAGUCCACGAAAAUACCAAACUCGCCUUACGCCGGGCUCCGCUAGACGAAAAUACAACUGCACGGGGCCCGCCGCCCUCCGCCGCCUCACCGGCGCGAACGAAAAUAGAGCCCUAAGUGUUUCCUGGGUGAACUACAGAAUCAGCAUUUUUUUUCUCACCUCCACAGUAAGCUCUGUGCAGUGCUCUACAAACACAGCUGAUGGGUGUUGAUGGAUAGGGGAGCACAGAGUUGGACCAGAUCAUAGCAGAGACAGACAAGACACAGACCCAAUGGAAGUCCCAAUAGAUUUAUCAUUUUGCUGAGAUGGUUAUUUUAAACCUCUCUUCACCAAAAGUUCUCGCUUUUAAAAAUAAUCAAAAAAUAUCUGUAAGACAAAAUUUCCUCUGUGUUUGAUAAUUUAAUGGCUCUUCAGACAUUCCCCACCAUCUCCAGCCCUCCACCAUCAAAGGAUUGGUCUGGUGUCUCUGUUGUGUCUGAGCUGACUUCUGGAGUGGUUCUCAGGACAAUCACACUGACCAUGGAGCACCUUCAUGAAGAGCUGAGGAAGCUGCCAGAAGUCUGUGAGUUUAUAUAAUGACUAUAGGCAGAAAAAUUAGGUUCAAAAGCAACAUUUCAAGAGCAUCAGCUUGAGACGGUCUCCUAGAGGGAACAGGGAACCCCAGUGCUUAAUUUGUCCUCCAGGAGGUUCUGGGCCCCCCUCUGGAGCACAUGCACUGUAAAAAUAUGCUUUUUCCUCUGGCUUUUAACGCGUUUUUAUUAUCUUUUUCACCUUAAUUUCCGCACCUACCUAGUACAACAUUUGCAGCAACAUUUGGCACACCAUGUUGUUUACCUAUUUUUGCGCGGUGCUGGUGCGGAAACAAAACCAUCCCAAUGCGCAUUGCGUUGUGACACGUGACGGCAUAAAUCACUUUUUCCCCCUGUUUUACCUAAUUUCUGAGUAAAAUGCAUAAGAAAUAAGCCAACAGGCAUCAAUUCAGAGAGAAAUAAAACACAGAGAAAACAUAGAUAAAAACACAGUUUAUUUAUUGACAGGGAAGGUCCUGGAGCAGAUCAAACAGGUGCCGGAGCGGGUGAAAUAGGUCCCGGAUCCGAUCAAAGAGGUCCUGGAGUGCGCUCCAGCACAAAUUAAGCACUGGGGAACCCCUAUCAAAAAGUCCACUUUUAUAUCAGCAAGUAAAUGUGUUUUUAAGUCGAUAAGAGUCAUCUCUUAUAGACUUCAAGUAUGCUUCACAGUGGGUACGCAGAUGGCCAAGCAGGUUGAAGCGUGUCCCAUGUUGGGGACCUACUUAAACCUAAAGCACAAAUACAUACAAAGUAUAUCUUUAUUCAAAGUUUAUGUGUAAGUAUAGGUCGAAUAUAUUUAGACUUUUUGUAUAAUUCUUAGUACAAGCCAAGUAAACUUAACAUUAACUUUGUUAAGUAUAUCUCUGAAGAGUGCAUAAAAAGUGAACUGGAAGCAGACUCAGUUUAAACACAGUAUACUUGAAGUGCACUUCAACAUACUUCUCUUUGGUAAGGGAUACCAGUCUUGCCUGUUGUUGACACCACUGAAACGGUGCACGUUUCAUCUGAGUAAAGUUCCAAACUACCAAAUACAUCUCUGAUCCAGAAAUAAGUGUUAAAGCGGUACUUAAAAACUUCUAGUUUUAGUUGAGUUUGACCAAUGUGGUACUGUUUUACCUGAAGGAAGACCCCAUUUCCCAUGAGCACCAGCGCAUAGUGCCGUAAACAUCCUGCUAUGCUGGUCGCAUGCAGACCGAGUGUUGGUUUAAGCUUCCACUUUGGGUUCUUCCCAACUUUUCUGCAAAAUGAUUGCAACUGAAGACUUUUGAUUUGUGCUUCUGAGGGAAAUUUUCUUCAGUAUGAGAUGUUUUAAAAUAUAAAACAUCUUUUUCUCUAAUCAACAGGUCAGCGAUCCCUGUCAGAACAAACUGUAGCCAGGCCCAAUCCAAGUAAGAUUUUCAUCUGAAAACUCUGUCUGAUCAUUUGAGUUUCAUUGAAUCUUGACAAACAUGGCCCAAUAGAUAAAAUGUGUAAAUAUAUACUCCUCUUCACAGAGGUAAGGAGGGUCCAGGAGUAUGCAGGUAUGGUACAGUGUUUCAUAUGGUCAGUGUUUAUAUGUGCAGUAGAUCUGAAUUUAUUCACCAACCAUCCCUUUGUCUUGCUCUGUCAGAUGACAUCACAUUAGACCCCCAUACAUCCCACCCUCGUCUCAUCAUCUCUGUAGACGGGAAGCAGGUGCACUGUGGGGACCGCCAUCAGCCUGUACCAGACAACCCUGAGCGCUUUGACCGGGUAGUGUGUGUGCUCGCACGUCAGGGCUUCAACUCUGGACGCCACUACUGGGAGGUAGGUGGAUACAGUAUGAAGGUUUGUUAAUAAUGUCAUUAAGAUAAGAUAAGAAACACUUUGUUUAUCCCAGAGAGACAAUUCCAUAAAAUUCCAUCACCAAAAACUCAAACAAAAAACAAUCCAUAAGUUUCCAUAACUCCUCUUAAAAUGUGAUAAUUAAUCAAAAAUAAGCUAAAUAAAAAUAAGUAGAUGAUAAAUGGAUAAGUACUAUUAAAAAUAAGUAUUUUCAGGUGCUGAUAACAAGCUGAUGGUCCCUGUCUUCUCGAGGGUUGAGAACACUCAGGAACAUUUUUAUGAGACUGUUGAACUAUAAGCCCACACAGUCUUUCACAGAGUGGUGAACCUCUUCUCAUCUUUCCUUCUGACAGACUCAGCCUCUCUUAAUGUCUUUUUUAUACACAGUCAUGUUUCUAACAUGUUGGAAAUUCACCUCAUUAGAUGAUUUUUUUUUUUUUAAAUUAGAUGAUUUUAAUAUUUUUCUUUUCCUCUAACUGGAAACGUGCACACUUUUUUAAAAUUAUAUUUUAACAUUUGAUACACUGUCUUUGCACUAUGAUUUGAUCAAAUUUUUGGUUUUAAUCAUUUUCAUACCUCAAACUGUCUAACAUUGGAUGAAAAUUUUCAUGUUAUUUAUGGCCUGUACACAGCAUUGAAGUUAAGUGUCAUGACAGCUCUCUGGUAGGGCUUCCUCUGAAGUCUAAAUACUCCUUAGAUAACAAUUUUCUUGGCCAUCACCAGAUUUCUAUUCCAUAAUGAACAGUUUGCUUUAUCAUGCUGCAUCUUUUCAGGUGGAGGUUGGAGGAAAGACAGACUGGGACCUGGGGGUGGCAAGCUGCUCUGUCAAUAGGAAAGGGAAAAUCACUGUUAGCCCUGCGCAUGGCUACUGGUUCCUCAGCCUGAGAGAUCGGACCGAGUACGCCUUCAGAACAGAGCCCUCAACCAACCUCACCAUCAACUCCAGACCAUCCAGGAUUGGAAUCUACCUGGACUAUGAGAAAGGGCUAGUGUCCUUCUACAACGUGGAGGCCAAAAUUCUCAUUUAUACCUUCACAGAUACAUUUUCUGAUACCAUUCAUCCUUUCUUCAGCCCCUGUACCAACAAAUCAGGAAGGAAUGAGGGGCCGCUGAUUAUCUGCCCUGUUUUAGAGUGA